AUGUCGGCAGAGUUGACGACGCCGUUCGAGCAAGCUGCCUCUGCCUCGUCGUCUUCGGGCGGCUAUCGCGGUUUAACAACGCUGCCAAGCACUGGUCCGCCUUUGGCAGACCCCUUUGGGACGCCGACGUACCGCCACCUCCUGUCUGCGGGAUCGCUAACGCCGCUGAAUCCGCUCCGAGUGGUAGCGCACUGCGACGUCGAUGCGGCUUACGCCCAGUUCGAGGCUCGAAGGCUUGGUAUCGAUUCGUUUGAGAUUCCUGUGGCAGUCCAGCAGUGGAGUGGCCUCAUUGCGAUCAGUUACGCUGCAAGGAAGUUUGGCAUCAGCCGGCAUGCCGACGUAGAGGCGGCCAAGAAGCUCUGUCCUGAGCUCGUCCUCGUCCAUGUGCAGACGAUUGCGCCUGGCGCAAAACAGGCCGACUACAAUGACAAGCCCCGACCAGAGACGCACAAGGUCUCGCUCGACCCAUAUCGACGCGAAUCUCGGAAGAUUCUCGAUGUCUUCAAGCGAACAUGCCCACUGGGUGCGGUCGAAAAGGCCAGCAUCGACGAGUCGUACUUUGAUCUGACGCUCGAGGUGCGCAAGCUGAUCCUCUCGAGGUAUCCUCACCUGCAAAAUGCCCCAACAAAGGGCAAGGGCAUCGAUGAGCCGCUGCCACCGCCGCCGACGAUCGAUUGGGAAGGCCGAGGCGAGCUCGUUCCCGUCAAGUCAAUCCAGGGCGGUGAGCGCAAGGAGGAGCAGGAAGAGGAAGAAGACAUGGAUGAGCGGCCAACAUGGACAGAUGUAGCGCUUGCCCACGGAGCUGAGCUCAUGGCAAAUGUUCGUCGAGCCGUUCUGUCCGAGCUGGGUUAUACAACAUCGGGAGGCAUCGCCUCAAACAAGACGUUGGCCAAGUUGUGCUCGGGCUACAAGAAGCCAAAUGCACAGACGACGCUCCUUCCCCGCGCUGUACCUGGUUACCUCAAGACGCUUCCUGUCUCCAAGAUCCGCUUCCUGGGUGGUAAGCUUGGACGGGCCUUGGCCGAGACGUGGGAUGCAGAGACUGUCGGUGAUCUCUGGAGCGUCCCGAGGGAGAGGAUGCAGGCCCACUUUGGCCCCGAUGCCGCGUGGGUACACGCUGUCAUUCGGGGGGUGGACCAUUCGCCGGUAAAUGCUCGGAUCGCAAACAAGACGAUGUUGGCCUCCAAGAACCUUCGUCCGCCGAUUCGAGCACGGCAUGAGGCACACACCUGGCUCGAAAUGCUCGCGACGGAACUUGUCGUGCGGCUGCGCGAGCUGUGGGAGGAUGAGGCAAGCUUCCAGCAGCAGGGAAGUAACGAUGCCGGAGCAGAGGACAAGAUGACGGUCAGCACGCUAUGGCCAAAGAUGCUCGUCUUGCGAUUUAUCAGGGCACAGACGGGACCCAGAGCCCGUCAAGCACCUUUCCCGUCCGUCAAGAAUCUUGAGCCGGAGCAUGUGCUUCGUCUGGCCGAGAAGCUGUGGAACGAAGCGUGCGAUGACAUGGGUCUGGACUCAGGACAGACUGUGACCAGGGGCUCUUCCGCAGAAGUUGUCACCAUUGCCUUGGGUUUCAGUGGGCUCGAGAGAGGAGAGACAGGUCAGAAAACGAUCGAUGGCUUCUUUGGCGGGGCAGCAGCAGCAGCAUCAGCGACCAAGAGAAAGAGACUGGAAGAAGGGGAAAAGACUGAGGAUGAGGAUGAAAGCGGACGGAAGGAGCCUGACAAUCAGGAAAAGUUUACGACACAACAUUCGCCACAAGGAACUUGCAAGACGAGGACGAUCUUGAGACAGACUUUUUCGCUGAGGAGGGCCAGAAGGAGGCAGUCGAAGAAAGAGAAGACGAAAGUCGAAAGGAGGCCGAAAGAUCGCUCGGAGCGUUGGUCCAGGAUCAUCAAGACUGGCACUUUGCCAUGA